UGCGCUGCAGAGAGGUUCUCGCAUAUUGGGGUCAAGUAAUGAAAUGCUGCUACAUUUGAUUUGUUUCAAUUGCAAUGCAUUUGUAGGCUUCUUAAUUAUGAACAAUUAACAUUUUUUUAAACGCUCUACAACAAAGUGACUCUUAUACUGUUAUAUCUUCUGGACUUUAAUUCUUUAGAACAAACUUCGAUUUGCUACCAUCUGCUAGUAAGGUAAAUGUCUUAUGAACCAGCUUGAGUUAUGGAAAGUUAUAUGUUACAUGUCAUAAUGCAUACCAUCAUUGAUUAUAACAUCAGGCUCAAGUGAUCAAUGGUUGAUAUCUGCCUCCUGGGAGAUUGUCCGACACAACACAGGCUACAAAUGUCAUUCGUGACAUAUACAAUUGAAGAAUGCUACAGAGCAAGAAAUACACAACUGUAUUAUAUAUUCAAAUUAAAUCACAGUCAUCUGGUCGUAGGGUCUUAUGUUAUUCAUAUUAUGGACAUUUUGCUUGGUUGUUAGGACGAUGGAUUAAAACACGGUACUGUUGAGAAGUACAGUUGAGAAGUAGCUUAGCGAGUACAUUCAACAUUUUAGAAAAUAGUAUUGCUCUAAAUUAGGAAAGACAGCCAAAAAAAAAAUAUUAAAUAAACUGUUUGUGAACCUGCAGACACUAGCUUACGUACGCCAUGUCUUCCCUGACUAUCCUGGAGCUAAGUAUUAAAAAUCUCAAUGACACCGAUGUGACUCGCGCCACAAUGACCAGUGAGUCCCCGGUCGAAUACCUGGACGUGUCCUGCCUUAAACACCACAACGAUGUGAACAUGGCCUUCACUGUGAUCCGCACCACCCUGGCCGUGUUCGGGGUGGCGGCCAACAUGGUCACUGCUGUGGUCCUGACCAACAGGCGGCUGUGGUCACCAACCUCCAUGCUGCUCUUGUCGCUGGUGGUCUACGACGCCAUCUUCCUGCUGGCCUCCAUCCCACCCAGCGUGAAGGGCAUGUUCAUCACAAAUGACCUUCGGGGGUAUUCCACCCUCAUGGGCGUCUCUUACCCAAUCAGAUACAUGGCACAGAUGGGCUCUAUCUACACCACCGUGACAGUCACAGUGGAGAGGUUCCUGAUUGUACUAGUGCCACUCCAAGCUAGGGUCUUCUGCACUUUUGGUAAUACCAGGAAGAUUUUAUUCGCUGUCCUGGUGUUCUGCAUUGUGUUCAACAUCCCCAGGUGUUUCUUUAAUCAGCUCUGGGAUGCGUCGGACCAGAUGUCCAACUUUACGAGAAACUGCCGCAAUGAAUCCUUCCCCUGGAUUCACAGCAACUCGACAGACGUGGGGGACACAGAGUCGGACUACUACUACUACCUCUACUUCCGGGUGUACGAGCUGUACAUCAGUGGCGUCCUCUUCUACUUGCUGCCCUACGCCCUGAUACCCAUCCUGAACAUUCAACUGCUGCUUGCCAUCAAAAGAAGGCGAGUGGAGACACGAAUGCUGAGUGUCAGGCAUGAGCACCAGCAAAACUUCACCAGAGCCACAGAUCUGGAAGAUGGGGUAACUCUGAUCGUCUUGGGGAUAACCGCCUGCUUCUUCGUGUGCUGCUUGAUUCCCGCCAUCUACAACAUGUCCCAGAUUGUGGAGCUCCCGGACGAUCACCCGUUCUUCUCGUUCCUCCUGGUAGCCAGCGACACCAUGCUGUGCAUCAACGCCAGCACCGACUUUUUCUUCUACUGCCUCUGGGGGCGCAAGUUUCGCAACAUCUUCCUCAGGCUCUUCUGCCCGAAGAGAUACUUUAAUAGGUCAAGGACGAUGACCAGCCUGAACCACAGCUACUACAGGAAUAACAGAACCAUUAGUGAGACCACUUACCAUUCAGUUUGAUGUACCGCAUUGUUCUGUUUAAGUCACAUAUGUUACAGAGGGAAUUUCGAGAGGAAUAAUGAUCGGACAGUUUUAAUUGAUGUGCUGCUACUUUGACUACAAUCAAAAUCAAAAUAUCAUGUCUAUCCGUAGUCUAUGUGCGUUUUUAAGUAAUGGUUAAUAUUUUAAUUUAAAAAGUGAUUCAUUUAUUCAUCAAUACCAUUCCAUUGUCGAGUUGUGUAUAAUACUUCAAGUCAAAGAAUAUCAUUAUGUAUACAGUAUUGCAUUCAUAGCAAAUACUGUGACUCAUCAGUCUACGACAGGCAUGAGAAUGACGUGGAAUCUGUAGCGUACACAUUGCGCAGGCCAUUUCUGUCUUAGGAUGUUUUACGCUGUUUUGUCGUCUGGUAUUCGCUCUAGACUGUCGUCCGGUGGUCUCAAAGGCCCCUAGUUCCAACCAGAUGUGAAAGUUGGGAUGGAAUACAAUUAUCUUCAGAAUCUAAAGGAACAUCCGGAACAUGUCAGAUAUUUUUAUAAACAUUUUUGACUACACUAAAUAUGUCAGUGGGCGAAUGCCUCAUCUGGUCACUUCGCAGAGCCGGCCUUGAUUGUUUCAAUAUUUCUUCACGUUUUCUUGUGUUUGUAUUUCAGUACAUGAUUAAAGGUCUGCGUGUUACGUAAAACUUGUAUAACAACUCGACUACUGAUAGCGAUUACCGACCGUCAAGGUCUAGUAAGUAAAUUUAAAAUAACAAACUUUAGUUUGUAAUUUUAAAAAAAUAGACAACAAACACGACGACAUUUGACUCGGCUCUGUGUUGACACUUAAAUCUCAUACAUUUUAACCAUUGAUUUGUUCUAUUUCUGAAAACAGUGUACAUGUAAUUAACUCAAAAUGUAAUUAUAUCUAGACGAUAAGAACAAAAAAUAAGUUGUAAUAAAUAAAAUGUAUUUACGUGACAUAGUGCAUCUAUUUCUAGAUAUGUUGUUGGAAUAAGUUUCUAACAUUUUUUAAAAACAAAAAUCUAGUUGCAAUACAUAUCUACUUGAAGAAUAUAAACUUUUUGUGAACCAUUUGUUACGGACAUGAUUCCGUUGUAUGGUUUUAUUUGCGAACACGUUGUCUCUGCCUAGACGUUCUGACUAGUUGACGUUCUGACUAGUUGAUGUUCUAACUAGUUGACGUUCUGACUAGUUGACGACCCUGUAGUACUUGAGUUGACAAUUACUUUCUAUGUCGGUUGAUGACCAGAGGACUAUAACUUGAACUGACGCAGAAUCUGGACAAAAUAUUUUGUCCCAUUUCUAUGUGUGAGAAGGGGAGGGGGGAGGACAUUUUGAUUACUCCUCUCCCACACAUUCCCCACCACAGUACGCCCGAUCGCUUUGAUUUUCUCAUGAGCUUAUGACGUGUAUUUUGACUGUUUUUUUUUUUUUGUUUUUUUUGGAAUCUCUUCAAUCUGAUUCAUGGACGUCGAAAAGUUGCCAUACAAAAGAUGUGUCAACGGCCUUUCAACAGUCACCCCAAUCCAUAAAGGGAAGUAAGCAAUGUAUAAGAUUGAUAUAACACAGGGGCGCAUAACUGACUCAGGUUUGGCAGUAAAGAUGAAUAUACGAGAAUAUCUAAAAAAAAAAAUAUAUAUGAAAUUGAAGGACAUGGAUCGUUUACAGAUCCAGAAGGCCUUAUUUAUGGGGCUAUAUUAAUACUUAUUAGAUAUAUAUUGUAUAAGAUGAAAAAAUAAACAUUAGGAGAGAGAGAGAGAGAGAGAGAGAGAGAGAGAGAAAGAAAAAAAAGAAAUAUAUAGAAAACAGUGAGGCUAAGUAAAGGAUAGGAAAAGCAAUAGAUUAGGACGAAUAAUUAAAAAGGUAGACACAGAAAGAGAGAUAUCAAUAAAAAAAAAGAUUCUAUUUGAAGAGUGAAAUUAAGAGACCAAAAAAAAAAUAGCGUAAUAAUGACGUCAUGUUAUCUAUAUUUGACAACCUUAGUUAAUAAUGUACACAUGCGAAGGUGAACAAAUACAAUGGCAACUAACUGUAUGCAUGUCUAUGACGGAAAGUUUUUGUUUUUUUUCUCGACGGUGUUGAGUUUGACAAACGAAUUUCGUUCUUUAUGACCCAUGACAUAUUUAGCAAAGAGAGAAAGUCCUUUGUCUCAUGGAGGAUAAAACAGAUUUUGUAGAGAAACAAAAAAAACUGUUCUAAAAUUAUUUUGUUUAAGAACGUGAUGUUCUAACUAAAAGGUUACUGAUCCUUCCUCUCCCCUAUUUCAAUAAAGGCGAAGAGAGACAAAAUUUCUUCUAAAAAUAACUUUCUAAGAACGUAUCGAUAUUUCUUUAAGGUUAUUGACCCCGCCCCCCCCCCCCGGGGCCACCCCACAGUGAUUCCCAAACUUUUUUUCUUUAACGUAAAGCUUUGCCCAUUCUAAGUAUUUAGCGGAACAAUUAGCUUAUAUGUUAAAGAUAUUAAUUCACGUAGUGGCCUACUUGUUAAUUAUUCAAGUAGUUGGUGGAACACCUUUUCAGGCCUCGCGGUGCACUAGGGUUCCGAGGAACACAGUUUGGGGAACACUGCAUAAGAGCAUUAGCAUAAAAAGUGCAGCAAGACACACACACAAACAAACAAACUGUGCUUUAGCUUCAGCGCUACGUAAGACGAACUCUGUCACGGGUACUGAAGGAGAGAUAGCUGUGAGGGAGAGAUAGCUGUGAGGAAGAGAUAGAUGUGAGAGAGAUAAUUGUGAGGGAGAGAUAAAUGUGAGGGAGAGAUAAAUGUGAGGGAGAGAUAGAUGUGAGGGAUAUAGAUGUGAGGGAGAGAUAGAUGUGAGGGAGAAAUAGAUGUGAGGGGAGUUAGAUGUGAGGGAGACAUAAAUAUGGAGAGAGACAGAGCUGUGAGGGAGAGAUAGAUGUGAGGGAGAGAUAGAUGUGAGGGAGAGAUAGCUGUGAGGGAGAGAUAGAUGUGAGGGAGAGAUAGAUGUGAGGGAGACAUAAAUAUGGAGAGAGACAGAACUGUGAGGGAGAGAUAGAUGUGAGGGAGAGAGACAGAGCUGUGAGGGAGAGAUAGCUGUGAGGGGGAGAUAGAUGUGGGGGAAUAUAGAUGUGAGGAAGAGAUAAAUAUGAGAGAGAGAUAGAUGUGAGGGAAAGAUAGCUGUGAGGGAGAGAUAAAUGUGAGGGAUAGAUAGCUGUGAGGAAGAGAUAGCUGUGAGGGAGAGAUAGCUGUGAGGGAGACAUAAAUAUGGAGAGAGAGAGCUGUGAGGGAGAGAUAGAUGUGAGGGAGAGAGACAGAGCUGUGAGGGAGAGAUAGAUGUGGGGGAAAUAUAGAUGUGAGGAAGAGAUAAAUAUGAGAGAGAGAUAGACGUGAGGGAGAGAUAGCUGUGAGGGAGAGAUAAAUGUGAGGGAUAGAUAGCUGUGAGGGAGAGAUAAAUGUGAGGGAGAGACAGAUGUGAGGGAGAGAUAGCUGUAAGGAAGAGUUAAAUGUGAGGGAGAGUGAAAUGUGAGGGAGAGAUAGCUGUGAGGGAGAGAUAGAUGUGAGGGAGAGAUAGCUGUGAGGGAGAGAUAAAUGUGAGGAAGAGAUAGAUGUGAGGGAGAGAUAUAUGUGAGGGGGAGAUAGCUGUGAGGGCGAGAUAAAUGUGAGGAAGAGAUAAAUGUGAGGGAGAUAUAGCUGUGAGGGAGAGAUAAAUGUGAGGGAGAGAGACAGAGCUGUCAGGGAGAGAGAGCUGUGAGGGAGAGAUAGCUGUGAGGGAAAGAUAGCUGUGAGGGAGAGAUAGCUUGAGAACGAGUUUCCCCCCAGACCGACACCCCAUCCACACCCCCCGUGUCGUGACACUUGGCUGUUGUAUAAGCAGCGCAGACCCAGAGUGACGACAGCAUUCAUUAUCACGCCGAUGAUAUAUGAUUACCUUGUUAGCUUAGGAUGAAUGUACUUACACCCACCGGAUACAGGGAUAACUUCGAGCACCCAAGUGACCACUGGACCGAAGGGUCAUUAGACUAACUGAAAAAUUGACUAGACGAGUCUCACACUGGUGUUGUCAGACACUUGCGGAAUACUAUCUCCUUCUUAGUUCGAAUUGUUAUAUUAAAACUUGCUUGCCUUUUCAUGUAGUAUACAGAAGUUGUUCCCCUUGCAAACAUUGUGAUCUAUAGGGCAGAUGAUGUAAAGAUCAUCUGUUUCUUAGGUCCGUUGUGAAAAAGAGUGUCAUGUAGCCAGCACAACGACCAACCGCCUUUUCUUCUACCCAACUAAUGUCAGGUACCCAUUAGAGCUUGGUGGACCCAGAGGCGCCCAAUGAUCCCGAAUUUAAAAAUUCCAGUCUUCACCAGGAUUCGAACCCGGGACCCAGGUUCGGAAGACAAGUGCAUUACCGUUCAGCUACCACUCCUCCAUUCUACAGCCUGCGUGCUUCUUGAGCCCACCAUUUUAAAUACCAACUCCAUAAACUGUUGUUUAUAUUAAAAAUGGACAUCAUAUAUCAAGUCUGUAUACUGUAUAAUGUUUGAAUUGUAUUUGCUUUGUACGCUGUGUACAUUUGAAAUGCUACAAAAUAAGAAAUUAGUUGUACAAAUUGUUAAAGGCAUUAAGCCUGCAAUGUUGACUAUAAAUCUGUAUUCGCUUGUACUAUAUUGGACUGCCCUGGUUGGUCUUGUCAGCUAAUUGUUCACUUUUGAUAAAUAGUGCUUAUUGCUAUUGCUGAUAGCACAUUCUCUCUACAUAUUUCAUCUCUCUCCCUCUCUCUCACUUCUCCCUUCUCCCCCACACCUCUCUCACAAACACACAAAUACACUCCCGUUCAUCCCAAAAUGAAAUUGUUUUUAUUUUCUUAAAAGUAUGCUGACGUAGGACAUACUGCAUUCUGGAAAGAGUUGAACAUUACAUUUGUGUAUACUGCAGAGUAGGAUUAAUUCAAUUUUUCAGAACUUAGACAAAUGUCGAAAUUAUGUUUUUUUUUUAAAUAUCUUUUAUGUAGCGCAACCUUCAAGCUUGUAGCAUGUUCAAAGCAUAUCGGUCCACAUUCUCAUUAGGUCACAGGUGGGUGAUACUGUAUCUGGUCUUAAAGCGCUCAGUAAACCCAACUCUUCUCGAGUCGGGUGUCGAACUUCGAGCCCCCUUAACACGUAGCCAAGCCAAGCCCAAACGUACUUAACCUCUCGGCCACACAUCCCAAUGUAUUCAAUUUAAAAGUGGAACAUUACAUUUGUAUAUACACUGCAUCUAAUAAGAUGAUCGGUUUUAACUAAAUAAAUAAUGUACACAUUCUUGAUCUAUACAUUCAUCAGCUAAAAUUGUAAAAUUAACCUUUUCCACUGUUCAUCAAGUUUUAAGUUUCAGAUUUAACUGCAGUCUGUUCUUUAGUGUACAGCCUUACCAUUAUGAUUGGAAAGAAACCAAUGUGUCAUGUUUGGAUCAAGUAGGUCUUGACUAAUGAUAACGUCUCAAAUGUUUGAUAAAAAAAUACCUGCAAAUGUAUUGUCUUUUAUUUGUGAAAAUAAAGUGACAGUAUUAUUGUAUUUUGUUGUUGUUAAUAAUAUAAUCUUUGUGAUAAAUAAACAUGCUGUUUUUUUAUU